GAGCAGUCCUGGCUUUCUGUACAAAGCUCCCAAAACUAACUGAGGAGAGCUCACAGCCAAAGAGCCCCUGCAGGGCUCUCAGACAGUGAUCUUUGGUCAGAUGCCAUUUGAGAGAAGGGGAUAAACCCAUUUCUGAAGCAAACAGGAUUAUCACCUCUUUUCAGCAGCAGCUUUCAACAGUGCUGUUCGGUCUCCACAAACAGAGACUUUUUUGUUUUCUCCAUACCCAGAUAAUGGCGGGACCCCUAAGCCAGGCUCUGCUGGUGCUGAUGCAUGGCCUGGUCCUCCUCACCUGCUCCUUCUCCAGUGAGGAGUACGACUACUACAGCUGGCAGUCUGACAACUUUCCUAAUGGCCGUUUCUAUUCCAGCCGGCAACAGUGCGUGGACAUCCCAGCUGACUUGCGACUGUGCCACGGUGUGGGCUACAAGCGCAUGCGGCUGCCCAACCUGCUGGAGCAUGAGACUUUGUCCGAGGUACGGCAGCAGGCAGGCAGCUGGGUACCCCUACUUGCCAAGCGCUGCCACGGGGACACACAGGUCUUCCUUUGCUCACUCUUCGCACCUGUCUGCCUGGACCAGCCUAUCUACCCAUGCCGCUCCCUUUGCGAGGCCGUGCGUGACAGCUGUGCACCCGUCAUGGAGACCUAUGGCUUCCCUUGGCCAGAGAUGUUGCAGUGCGAGAAGUUUCCCAUGGACAACGACCUGUGCAUCCCCACACAGUUUGCAGGCAAUCACGCCACACAGAUCCAAGCGUCAAAAGCUUGCCCGCCCUGUGACAACGAGCUAAAGACUGAUACCAUCAUGGAGCAUUUCUGUGCCUCUGAUUUUGUACUCAAAAUGAAGAUCAAGGAGGUGAAGAAGGAGAAAGGUGAUCGCAAAUUAAUCUUAGCACAGAAGAAGAAAAAGGUGCUGAAAAUGGGCGUUUUGCACAAGAAGGACCUGAAAAAACUUGUCCUGUACAUCAAAAAUGGUGCCGACUGCCCGUGUUCACAGCUGGAUGGUCUGGCCAGCAACAGCUACCUCAUCAUGGGUCGCCGUGUGGAGCAGCAACUACUCCUCAUGGCUAUCUACAAGUGGGACAAGAGAAGCAAAGAACUCAAAUAUGCUGUGAAGCGCAUGAAGUCCCACCAGUGCCCGACCUACCACACUGUCUUCCAGUGAUCACCCCGUCACUCUUUCACCAAACCCCACUGCCUUGAAGCAACCCAAAUCACCCCAUCCCUCCCACAGAUACUUCCUAGUAUUUCACUUUCUUGUUUCUUGCCAAGCGCUGUCCUAUUAGUAGUGCAAAACACACGCAGUGUCUGCAGUGUUGUAGAUCAUCUCAACUGAGGAAGGAAGCUAUAAAUAUCUUUCAGAGCAAUGGAGUCUUCCAUAUACACUCACCCUUUCAAGAUUAUGACAUGAGAAGAAAAUAAUUAUUUCUGAAGCAGUCAUUGUACUCUUCCACUAAAAGUAAUGACGGAUGGGGGAAAUAGAAUGUGAGAUAAAGAAAUAUAAUAAGUAUGAAUGCAGCAUUUGAGAAGAGAAAGGAUAAAGACUGCUAUAAGACUUGUAAUUACACAGAGCAAAAUGAAUGCAAAGAGACGUUACUGGGAGGUGAGCUUAUAGAGGAGUGCCAAUGUCAUCUGUUCAAGAGAGCAUUGAAUCAUUAUAGAACCUAGUGCAGAAUUGAGACAAAGUGCUAUAAUGGGAUCUUCCUUUCCAAAUUAGCUUCUUCUGUAUUGUAGCUAUGGAAAAUAUGUUUAUUGUGUGGAUAAAAAAGUAGACUGAGUCAUGACAAUUAGGUGAGAUAGUAAAAUAACUGUUGGAGUUUCCUUUCUUGAGUGAAGGAAGACUGCAUGAUGAUGCUGCAAUGGAUUGCUGAACCACGCUAUGCCCUCUAGAACCUGAAAGCUUGACAUAUUUUCUGGAAGAGAGGAUUCAGUCAGGAGAAAUACCCUCAUCAUGGGACAUGAUAGGUCUGUGCUGGACUUUCUCUGUAGUCUGCAAAACAUUUGAUUAUCACUUGUUUCGUAUUAUUAUAAAAUGCCUCUCUUUUUAAAAUAACCAUCUAUGAGAACAAAGCAUACAGACAUAGCAUCUGGAUUCACUGUUGCUGUGAUAAAUGAUACAUUUAAACUUCUUCAAAUACAGUUUUAUUCAGUUCCUUUAAAGCACUGUAUCUUGCUGAAAACUUUGUAAACAAUUUUUAAAAAAUAAAAAAUAAAAAUAAAAAACACAUUUUGGAAUAGCAUUCAA